CUGGCUGCCCUUUGUUAUGGCUAGGUUGUGCUCACUGGCUGCCCUUUGUUAUGGCUAGGUUGUGCUCACUGGCUGCCCUUUGUUAUGGCUAGGCUGUGCUCACUGGCUGCCCUUUGUUAUGGCUAGGCUGUGCUCACUGGCUGCCCUUUGUUAUGGCUUUGUGCUCACUGGCUGCCCUUUGUUAUGGCUAGGUUGUGCUCACUGGCUGCCCUUUGUUAUGGCUAGGCUGUGCUCACUGGCUGCCCUUUGUUAUGGCUAGGCUGUGCUCACUGGCUGCCCUUUGUUAUGGCUAGGCUGUGCUCACUGGCUGCCCUUUGUUAUGGCUAGGCUGUGCUCACUGGCUGCCCUUUGUUAUGGCUAGGUUGUGCUCACUGGCUGCCCUUUGUUAUGGCUAGGCUGUGCUCACUGGCUGCCCUUUGUUAUGGCUAGGUUGUGCUCACUGGCUGCCCUUUGUUAUGGCUAGGCUGUGCUCACUGGCUGCCCUUUGUUAUGGCUAGGCUGUGCUCACUGGCUGCCCUUUGUUAUGGCUAGGCUGUGCUCACUGGCUGCCCUUUGUUAUGGCUAGGCUGUGCUCACUGGCUGCCCUUUGUUAUGGCUAGGCUGUGCUCACUGGCUGCCCUUUGUUAUGGCUAGGCUGUGCUCACUGGCUGCCCUUUGUUAUGGCUAGGCUGUGCUCACUGGCUGCCCUUUGUUAUGGCUAGGCUGUGCUCACUGGCUGCCCUUUAUUAUGGCUAGGCUGUGCUCACUGGCUGCCCUUUGUUAUGGCUAGGCUGUGCUCACUGGCUGCCCUUUGUUAUGGCUAGGUUGUGCUCACUGGCUGCCCUUUGUUAUGGCUAGGCUGUGCUCACUGGCUGCCCUUUGUUAUGGCUAGGUUGUGCUCACUGGCUGCCCUUUGUUAUGGCUAGUUUGUGCUCACUGGCUGCCCUUUGUUAUGGCUAGGCUGUGCUCACUGGCUGCCCUUUGUUAUGGCUAGGUUGUGCUCACUGGCUGCCCUUUGUUAUGGCUAGGCUGUGCUCACUGCCUGCCCUUUGUUAUCAUUUGCCUCUCUCUCAAGUCAAUUCAAAGGGCUUCUCUCUCUCUCUGUCUCUCAUAUGAGGUGUUUUUCCCAGCCGUCACUCUCCAGAGCCACGAAGCAGAUACCCUGUCUUCCUAUAGAGUCUAAUUAACAGGCUUUACCUGACAAACUAAUUGCACAAUCCCUCAUUAGUCUUAAAAGCCUCAUCAGUUUGGGAUGCAGCGGAAAUAAACUCAUUGAUUCCACGAAAAGGGAGAGAGAGGAGGGAGAGAGAGACUAUGAGCCCUACCUCCAACACAUUCUCCUGUUUCCAUGGAGACCAGGGAGCCAAUCGGGUGGCCCGGCUGCGGGCUGUACUACAGUGAGCAGAGGAGAGGUGGUGUAGGGAGGAUGUGGAUGAGAUCCGGUGUGUAUUAGAGACAAUAAAUAUAUAAUUCUCGCUCCUGCAGGUUAUCCCCAUGCUUUUGAUGGCUAGCCCUGUCUCCUCUGCCUUGGCAUGUGUUCAGCCAUCAUCACCCAGCAUGGGUUUAAAGGGAGGCUGUUUAUCAGUGUUAAACAGGCAGCCUCCCAGCCUCACUGUGCCCUGCUCUACCACUACACACCCCCUGCCUGCCUUUUGGACCUGCCUCGUUACAUCACAGAGCUCUUUCUGGCUGGCUGUUUGUGACUGAGAGUGAGAGUGUAUGUGAGAGAGUGUAUGAGUCUGUGCGCACGCUUCUGCUCCGUUGAGUCAAGUCCCAUUGACGAGCCAGGAGGAUGGACAAGCCGAGCGUGUGGCGUGCCGUGGUGAGCAGCACCGACCCCAGGCGUCCCCGCAGCGAGUCCAGCACACCACCCGGCGGCGGGGCUCACCCGGACAGACCCAGCUCUGCCAUGUCCUACCGGCUAUAUGACAUUGUGGAGGGGGAUGUGCGGCCCAGUGAGAGUGACGGUGGAGCCAGCUACAGGGGCCCAGUGAUCAGCCCAGACCGCUUCGAGGGCCCCCUCUACGGCCACGGAGUGCAGCCCGGCCCCCAGCGGCCUCCCCGCAGGCCCAAGCUCCAGCACUCCCAGUCCAUCCUCCGCAAGCAGGCAGAGGAAGAGGCCAUCAAACGCUCCCGCUCACACUCAGAGGGCUAUGAGCUGUCGGCUGACCUCCAGGACAAACAGGUGGAGAUGCUGGAGCGUAAAUAUGGCGGACGCUUCAUAACCCGGCAUGCGGCCCGAACCAUCCAAACAGCCUUCCGUCAGUACCAGAUGAACAAAAACUUUGAACGUCUCAGGAGUUGUAUGUCUGAGAACCGCAUGUCCCGACGCAUCGUCCUGUCCAAUAUGAGGAUGCAGUUCUCCUUCGAGGGCCCUGAGAAAGUCCACAGCUCCUACUUUGAGGGGAAACAAGUGUCCCUGACAAAUGACGGCACCCCCCUGGCCUUGGUACAGUCAGAGUGUGGGGACAUGGAGGUCCACCACCAGGCCAACAUGGCAUCACACCCGGCCUCCCAGAACCACCUAACGGAUGCCAUCACAGAGCUGGAGGACGCCUUCUCCAGGCAGGUCAAGUCUCUGGCCGAGUCCAUCGACGACGCCUUGAACUGCCGAAGCCUGCAGGGCGAUGAGGGUCAUGACCCAGAGGCCUUGGGCUGCCCCGAGGUGGAGAGGGAGGUGGCCUAUCAGGUGAAGCCUCACCGCGGGGCGACGGGACGCAAGCGAGAGGACAUGAUGGCAUCCUACAGCGAUGUGACUCUGUUUAUUGACGAGGAGGAACUGUCUCCCUCCAUGGGGCUGUCGCGGGGGUCUGGUGACCAGCCCUCCAGCAUUGAGUCAGACCUCCGCCUGCGCUCGGCCAACUCCUCCCAGGAUUACUGGCCACUGGACCCCAAGGAUGAGGAGCAUGACACGGACACCAGCUGCCGCAGCACUCCCUCCCUGGAGUGCCAGGAACAGAGGCUCCACCUCCCCCUGCUGACCAUCGAGCCGCCCAGCGACAGCUCUGCCGAACACAGCGACCGCUCUGACCGCAGCUCCAUCAAACGUCCACCUGUCUACGAGUCUCACGGGGGAGGGCACAUCGUGGCAUCCUCCCAGGCCAGCCCCAAACACAUCUCUCAUGGCCCGCCCCCACGAGGGCCCUCCCGGGACGACGAGGCACCCCUCCGCCACCGCCACAGGGCGCUGGAGAGCCACCUGGCCAUCAACGGCUCGGCCAACCGGCAGAGCAAGUCUGAGUCUGACUUUUCGGAUGGGGACAACGACAGCAUCAACAGCACGUCUAACUCCAACGACACCAUCAACUGCAGCUCUGAGUCGUCGUCCCGGGACAGCCUGAGGGAACAGACACUCAGCAAGCAGACGUACCACAAAGAGACACGCAACAGCUGGGACUCACCGGUCUUCAGCAACGAUGUGAUCCGCAAGAGGCACUAUCGCAUAGGCCUGAACCUCUUCAACAAGAAGCCAGAAAAGGGUGUCCAGUACCUGACUGAGAGAGGGUUCGUCCCAGACACGCCUGUGGGUGUGGCUCACUUCCUGCUUCAGAGAAAGGGCCUGAGCAGGCAGAUGAUUGGAGAGUUUCUGGGCAACCGGCAGAAACAGUUCAACAGAGACGUCCUGGACUGUGUGGUAGAUGAGAUGGAUUUCUCGUCGAUGGAGCUGGAUGAGGCACUGAGGAAGUUCCAGAAUCACAUCCGGGUCCAGGGAGAGGCCCAGAAGGUGGAGCGCCUGAUUGAAGCCUACAGUCAGCGCUACUGUAUCUGUAACCCCACGGUGGUGCGCCAGUUCCGGAACCCUGACACUAUCUUCAUCCUGGCUUUCGCCAUCAUCCUCCUCAACACGGAUAUGUACAGCCCCAACGUCAAGCCAGAGAGGAAGAUGAAGCUGGAGGACUUCGUUAAGAAUCUCAGAGGGGUGGACGAUGGGGAGGACAUCCCCAGGGAAACUCUGGUCGGAAUCUAUGAGAGGAUCAGGAAGAGGGAGCUGAAGACCAACGAGGACCAUGUGUCUCAAGUCCAGAAGGUGGAGAAACUCAUAGUGGGCAACAAAAAACCGAUUGGAUCUCUCCACCACGGUCUAGGAUGUGUCCUGUCCCUGCCCCAUCGCAGGCUGGUCUGCUACUGCCGGCUGUUUGAAGUGCCGGACCCCAACAAGCUCCAGAAGCUGGGCCUGCACCAGCGGGAGAUCUUCCUGUUUAAUGAUCUUCUGGUGGUGACAAAGAUUUUCCAGAAGAAGAAGAACUCUGUGACAUACAGCUUCAGGCAGUCUUUCUCUCUGUAUGGGAUGCAGGUUCUGAUGUUUGAGAACCAGCAUUACGGGAAUGGAAUCAAGCUUACAUCAGCCAUACCAGGUGCCGACAUCAAAGUGCUCAUCAACUUUAACGCGCCCAACCCCCAGGACCGCAAGAAGUUUACUGACGACCUGCGGGAGUCCAUCGCCGAGGUCCAGGAAAUGGAGAAAUACAGGAUAGAGUCUGAGCUGGAGAAGCAGAAAGGGGUGGUGAGGCCCAGUAUGUCCCAGAGCUCUGGGCUGAAGAAGGAGGCUGGCAACGGCAACAUGAACCGUGCCAGUCUGGACGACACCUACACCAUGGGCGAGGGCCUGAAGAGGAGCGCCCUGAGCAGCUCCCUCCGUGACCUCUCCGAAGCAGGCAAGCGUGGGCGCCGCAGCAGUGCAGGAUCACUAGACAGCAAUAUGGAAGGGUCCAUCAUUAGCAGCCCCCACACACGCCGGAGAGCCACAACCCCCCGAAGUGAGGGCCCGCCCCGGGGCCACCCCACCAUCCCCAACUCCUCCUCCCUCCUCGGGUCGCUCUUCGGCAGCAAGCGGGCAAAGCCUUCAUCCCAGAGCCAUCCACCUCUUCCUCCGCCCGGUCACCCCACCCUCAUCUCCCACACGCCCCAUCCGUCCAACCUCCACCACACAGCCCAGCAGGUAGCCCAGGCCCAGCUCCACCACUCCCAGUACUGCCAGCAGAACCCCCCUCCCUACCACCACCACCACCACUACCACCCCCCGCCCCACACACAGUACCACCAGCACCCGGCAGCAUACGCAUCCUCCUCCACCCACUCACACCAACACCCGCUUGUACCACAGCACAGUCACAGCACCCACGGCCAUCAUGCCUCCCACUCCCAGCAUGCCCUUCAUCACCACAGUCAGCAGCAGAGUCCGGCACACUCCAAAACCAAGCACAGUGGCAUCAGCACCGUGGUGUGACGAGAGAGAGAGAGAGAGAGAGAGAGAGAGAGAGAGAGAGAGAGAGA